AUGAAUGCAGCAAAAGAGGCUAAAGAAGCCAACUUAAAUGUAAGAGAUGGCUUAAGAAAAAUAGGUGCAGCUUUUCUCUCGACUCGUGAAGUCAGUGCCCAAGAAUGCGUUUACAGGUGCAUGCCUGAACUCUGGUUAAGAAACAUAUUCCCGAAAACUCUCUUUGUUAGCACGGAAUUUGCUGAAAAUCGCGUUAGAUUUGCCAAGAAACAACAAGAACUUGAUGAGUUAGAUGAUGAUAGUACUGACAUAUUUAAAUCUAACAUUAUUGUCCGUUACAGUGAUAGACCGAAAAACAUUCCUCUCGUUAAUGAUAUGUGUUUAGCUUUAUUUGCUGCUCACUAUUUCAACGAUUACAAAAGUGAUUUUAACGAAGUAUCUGAUUCUCAACCUGAAGUGUUAAGCGAUGACUUCAUCGAAUCUCAAAAUAUCGAAAAUCAUAACCCUGAACUUCCUGAUAGAAUAAAACUUGUAAACAGCAAAAAAAUUAUGAAAUGCAGAAAAAUUAAAGCUGUCAUUCGAUAUCACACUCCAAACAAAAGAAAAGAGCCUGAAAAAUAUUUUCACCACCUUCUCAUGCAGUCAUGCUGUAUUUUACCUGGCGUAAUGAGCAGGAACUCUUUGGCGAAGACCAGACAUACAUAUCUAAGUUUUAUGAGCCAGAUGUUCAAGAGGUAG